AUGACCCCCCAACUCGGGUCUUCCAGCAGCGGCUCUCCCUCCAAGGCUGGCCCGGGAGAGCCUAUCGAUUCUAAGGAUUGGCCCUCAGUAGAUGAUUCUGCCACGGAGGAGACACCGCUCCUGCGCUCCGAGUCGAGUUCUCCGGCCGCGGGCAGUGUAUCAUCUGCCACCUCUGAAGUCUCGCAAGAUGAGACUUCCCUGACUUGGACACCCGAACCAGAAACAACCAACAUGUCGGGUAUUACCAUGGCGCAGUCAACGAUAGCAGCUGAUCUAGACUCGUACGAGAACGCAAUGUGGUUCACGACAGCGUUCCUCGUAGCGAUGUCCUCGUCGACGCCCCUAGUUGGGAAGUUGGCUUCUAUCUUUUCGCCUCGUACUAUGGUAUUAUAUUCGUCUACGCUCUUCGCUGCUGGAUGCUUCAUAACGUCGCAGGCUCGCUCAUUCCCAGUCUUCAUCUUGGGGCGACUCGUCACGGGGCUAGGUGCCGGCGGUUCCACGGCUUUGGCUAUCGUCCUCAUUCUCGAGCUAACAACGAAACGAAAGCGAGGGCUGUUCGUUGGACUGCUGAAUGCCGGCUUUACGACGGGUGUCUCAUUAGGGGCUGUCUUAUCCGGUGCGCUGAUAUCUGUAACUGGCUGGAGAGUUCUCUUUUGGGUCCAAGUUCCUCCUAGCUUAAUCGCUGGGCUUGGGAUUUACUUCAGUAUCCCACAUACGUUCUCGUCGGGACAAGGCUCUAAAGACGGUUUACUAUCUACAAAGCUGAAGCGGAUCGAUUAUCCGGGCGCUUUGUUCUUGACCGCCACUGUUGUGCUUUUCCUAUAUGGGCUGUCUGGUACCAUCCAGGUCGUUCCGCUUAUCGUCUCGUUAGCAACACUUAUCAUCUUCGUGUUGGUUGAGUACUAUGUUGCAGUUGACCCUAUUAUUCCGAUUAGUGUCAUUCAGAACCGAGGCGCCAUAUUGACAUGUGUUUCUCAACUUGGUUUCAUGGCAGCUCGCUGGACGGUGUUGUUCUAUGCUCCGAUCACAGCACUCGCGGUGCGUGGUUUCACCCCGGCGACCAGUGGUAGUAUUCUUAUACCCACGAACUUAGGGUUUGGCCUGGGUGGACUUCUUGUUGGUUGGUUGCACGUUCGCCGCAUUGGGAGCUUCUGGGCUUCUUGCAUCAUAUCUUUCAUCCUCUUCGCUGCAAGCCUCUUUGCGCUCUCGUUGGCAUCUACUCCAGAUAUCCCGAUUUCCCUAUACAUCAUUACUGUGUUUUUAAACGGUCUCUUCGCUGGCGCAGCGCUGAAUUAUACACUCGCGCAUCUACUGCAUCUAACCUUGCCGGAUACUCACUAUAUAGCUACCAGUCUGCUCGGCACAUUUAGAGGAUUUGCGGGCAGCUUCGGUAGUGCAAUCGGUGGUGGCAUCUUCUCCAGGACUCUACGAGCAUCCCUUGAGAGAGGAUUCAAGUCAAUCGAUGGCUCUAACGGCCCUGAAGACCGCAGUGAGCUAAUAAGGAAGCUUAUCGGCAGUCCGGCUUUAGUCUUCAAUGGUGGCCUUGGAGCCGAAGAGCAGACAAUCGCAGUACAAGGUUACGUUGACGGUCUGAAGGUUCUAUUCCAUGCUGCUGUGGUUUUAUCCAUAAUCGUCUCGGUUGUCCAGGCUGCUACGGGGUGGAAGGGCCCAGGGGAUAAGACGAAGUACCAAGAGAGCGGAAGCAGCAAUGCUCUACGUGACGAGGUGAGUGAAGAUGGACAGUAG